AUGAUAGGAACUAAAUCAUGGCAUUCAAUAAAUACAAUAGAUGACGCUAAAAAAUACUCAAAUUAUCACAGGGGAGCUCUUAAACCAAAAGAAAGGUCUAUCAGGUCUAUCUUUGAUAGCACCCUUUUAAAACCUAAUAGCACUUUGGAUAAAGCAUUUCUUCAAGAUACUGCAGAGUUAUUAAAUGUUUUGAAAACUUCCUCUAAACAAAUCAAGAGUGAAAGAAUGGGUUUAAGUAAGGAAGCAACUGAUUUAUUAAUUAUUCUUUUAAAAAACCAAAAAGAUAUUUUAUUUGCUGAAUCUGAUCCUGAAUUUGAUCAGAAAAUUGAAGAUAAAACAAUUGCAUUAGUAUUAGGAGAACUUUUGAAAAGAGAAGAAGAAAUAACUAAAGAAAUCGAGAGAUUAAGGAAAAAAUGUAGUACUGAAAUUGUCAAAAAACAGACUGAUUUAAGAAAUAGAAUUGUUGAUGCUCUGGUACCCGCGUUGAAAAGCUGA